AUGACAUCCAUAGUCAAAACUAAAUUAGUUGAUAAAUAUUCAAAAUAUGUUAAAACAAUUGGAAAUCGCAUUGUUGAAGUUGAAUUUUAUUGGUUUCAAGUAAAUCCACGUCAAAGUUAUCGAUUACGAAUUAAUGAAAAACAAUUUAAUGAAGUACAAAAACAUAUGCGUUCAAAAAAAUUAUUAAAUCUAAAUUUUGAACAAUUUACUGAUUUAAUUACACCUAUAUUUGCUAAUGAUGCUGCAGAAUUUAGUAGUUUUGUAUUACGUUCAACUUUUGAUCAUUUAUUUGAUUUAAAUUCUAAUGGAACAAUUGAACAAGAAGAAUUUGAAUCACUUUUUUUAUUACUUCAAGGUUUUAAUUCUAAAAAACAAAUUUUAUUACAAGAAAAUCUUCGUCAAAUGCUUGGUAAUCGAAAUAAACAUAUUUCAUUUAAAGAAUUUUAUGAUUUUGUUAAAUGUGGUUAUCUACGUCAAUUAUUUAUGAGUUAG